CCUGCGGCGCGGCGUCGUGACGUCACGGUGGCGGCGGCCGUGGUUGGCGCAGGGUCCGCGGCUGCAAAGUGUGAAUUACGCCGGGCUCGCGCCGGCGGCGGAGUGAAGUCAGGCUCCGGGGGAGGGGAGGGGAGGGGGCAGGACCGCGGCCGGAGCUGGUGCCUGCAUCCAAGCCCCGCGCGCGCUGGGUCUCGCUGCUGGCUCCAGCUGUGUGUUUUUGCACCGCUUUGCUCUGUUUUUGCUUCGCUCCUGCUCCGCUGCCCCCCCACCCCCCGCCCCGGACCCUCUCCUCUGGGCCGAACAGCCUGGGGACGCCGGGGUUCCCCCUCCGACUUGGCGGGUGCUGCCCUCGCUUGCACCCCGGGAGCCGGGCGCGCGCUGGUCUUCGUUAACUGUUGCCGCGGCCGCCGCAGCGCCUUCCCGCCGGCGGCCCAGGCGGAGUGUUGGGGUGGGGGAGGCGUGAGCGCGGCUUCCCGGCCCGGGGGCGGGCGUAUUCAAUGGAAGUAUGUUACCAGCUGCCGGUGCUGCCGCUGGACAGGCCGGUCCCCCAGCACGUCCUCAGCCGCCGAGGAGCCAUCAGCUUCAGUUCCAGCUCCGCGCUCUUCGGCUGCCCCAAUCCCCGGCAGCUCUCCCAGAGGCGUGGAGCUAUCUCCUAUGACAGCUCGGAUCAGACUGCACUGUACAUUCGUAUGCUCGGAGAUGUACGUGUAAGGAGUCGAGCAGGAUUUGAAUCAGAAAGACGAGGUUCUCAUCCAUAUAUUGAUUUUCGUAUUUUUCACGCUCAAUCUGAAAUUGAAGUUUCUGUGUCUGCAAGGAAUAUCAGAAGGUUACUAAGUUUCCAGCGGUAUCUUAGAUCUUCACGCUUUUUUCGUGGUACUACUGUUUCAAAUUCUCUGAACAUUUUAGAUGAUGAUUAUAAUGGACAAGCCAAGUGUAUGCUGGAAAAAGUUGGAAAUUGGAAUUUUGAUAUCUUUCUAUUUGAUAGACUAACAAAUGGAAAUAGUCUAGUAAGUUUAACCUUUCAUUUAUUUAGUCUCCAUGGAUUAAUUGAGUACUUCCAUUUAGAUAUGAUGAAACUUCGUAGAUUUUUAGUGAUGAUUCAAGAAGAUUACCACAGUCAGAACCCUUACCACAAUGCAGUCCACGCUGCCGAUGUUACUCAGGCCAUGCACUGUUACCUGAAAGAACCUAAGCUUGCCAACUCUGUAACUCCUUGGGACGUCUUGCUGAGCUUAAUUGCAGCUGCCACUCAUGAUCUGGAUCAUCCAGGUGUUAAUCAACCUUUCCUCAUUAAAACUAACCAUUACCUGGCAACUUUAUACAAGAAUACCUCAGUUCUGGAAAAUCACCACUGGAGAUCUGCAGUGGGGUUAUUGAGAGAAUCCGGUUUAUUCUCACAUAUGCCAUUAGAAAGCAGACAACAGAUGGAGGCUCAGAUAGGCACUCUGAUACUGGCCACAGACAUCAGCCGCCAGAAUGAAUACUUGUCCUUGUUUCGGGCCCAUCUGGACAAGGGCGAUCUACAUCUGGAAGAUGCCAGGCAUAGGCAUUUGGUCUUACAGAUGGCUUUGAAGUGUGCCGAUAUUUGUAACCCAUGUCGGACCUGGGAAUUAAGCAAGCAGUGGAGUGAAAAAGUAACAGAGGAAUUCUUCCAUCAAGGAGAUAUAGAAAAAAAGUAUCAUUUGGGUGUGAGUCCACUCUGCGAUCGUCAGACGGAAUCAAUUGCCAACAUCCAGAUUGGCAGAUCUUCUUGGGAAGCUAAAUUACAAUCAGCCGGUUACUUGAGCAUGGAUUCUGAGCCAAGGGAGCAAGGUCCCUCACGCAUCCUACAAGGAGGCGCCUACUGUGCUCGUGCUUGGCUAGGGACUGAAUGCCAGGAGCUGCGUCUCCACACCCGCGGCUGGCGUGUCUGGUUUCCUGUUCAAAUUCCCAAGGGACAACCUGGACCAACUCAGGAAGGCUCUGACCCUGGGCUGCAGAACAGCCUCUGCCUCAGCAGGCGCGCCCCUUGCAGAGGGCCGCCUGCUCUCCACCCUCACUGUGAACACCAGGUCACGCAGCCACGUGCCGCCGCACCUGCUUCUCACCGUCUGUUCUGAUAGCAGGCGUGGCCGGCCAAUGAAGAGGGAUGGCUCCUAAGCCAUGUGAGCGGAAGGCUGUUCACACCUCUGGCAAAAUCGCUGUUGUGAAGGGUGUCUUUCUCCCCCAGGUUAAGGCUUUUGCCAGCUUGGAGAGAGCAGCUGGGAGGGGCGGGACUGCCCCGCAGCAGCCACAGCCGUUUGGGUGGAAUGGGAGGCGCUAUAUGGGUCAUCUUAAUCACCUUCUUGAUCACAUCUAAAUCCCACCCAUGCUACUCUCUCAGCUUUGUGGAAGGAGCUCUCUGACCUUCCGAAGAGGCUGGAGAACCUCCCUGGGAAAAGAAGUCUGAGAAGCUCCAGCCAGGGGAACAGUAAGGUGUCCAGUCCUUACAAAGCAGACGAAGGACAGCAGUCUCAGAGGGAAACAUCUAAGAUUUCUGGAUCCUUCCUUAGAUGCAGACUCACAGGAAUUCAUACAGCAAGAGGACAGGCUGCUUCUGCAGAAGGGCCUGUGACUGGGCAGACACCCGGGACCUACCCCCUACCCUGGCCCGCACACAGGGACCUCGUCUCCUAGGAGAAGACUGUCUGCUGGGAACCUUGUGUAAAGUACUGUAAGAACUUACUUAGUACUCUGCUAUUCAUAGAGUGUGUUCAGAAUGCUGCUUUUAAUCCUCAUAAUUUCCUGAACUGAGCAUUAUUCCCAUUUUAAAAACAGAUGUGCCUGGGCCAGGAUCACAUAUACAUGUCGUGUUUUAACUCCCAAGUCCAGUGUUCUUUGACUCACAUUAUGUAUACAGUUGACCCUUGAACAUGGGUUUGAACUGCAUGGGUCCACAUAUACGUGGACUUCUUUCAGUAUAAAUACAGUACCUGUAUUUACAAUUUACAGAUUUUAAGUACGGAGAGAAGACUGCGUUUGACCAGAGGUCACAAAAUGUGAAAUCAGAAACUAAAGGUUUGAGCCUUGAUUCUUUCCCAGCUGUUCCGGGUUCCUACCCACACGCCUUUCUCUAAUGCUGAAGAUGAAUGAAAAAGGUGACACAUUUUAAGCAGUAUAUUUCCACUUGGAAAAUGCAGAAAGCAAAUUAUUCUAAAGUUACAUGUACAACACAGAAGAAUGUUGCCUACUGUGGGAAAAAAAAAAAAGCAUUUAUAUAGGCAUGAUGGUCCAAGGAAAAGAAAAGUUGCUUUAUUUCAAAACAGUAACUUCCUUAUUUUGGAGCACUGGCUAAAAGUUCAAUUAUUGGUACAAAUAUUUUGACCUCCUGAGAAAUAUUUAAGUAUAUCAGGUGAAUUUCCUGAAUUUAUUUUAAAGGCAGAAUUUUUAAACCAUAGAAAACAAUUAGAAACAAUGUAUGUCAACAACAUGUGUAAAAUUAAGCCACAGUUCAAAUUUAAGCUAAACAGCCAAACCAUGAAAAGCUGCUAUCAUUUAGAACAUUGCACAUAGUUUCAAUAACUUAAAAGUGAAUGUAUUGUCUUCAUAUCUCCUAAUCGCCCUGGGAAGUGGAACUUUUUUCCCACUAGAUUUAAACAAUAAGUCCAACUAUUUACUUACAGUAGGAGAUUCUGGAUAACUAUAGCUGAGUUUAACAGAAGUAUAGAAAAUCAUGAAGAUACAUGAAACAUUUAGAAAUGACGACUUCCUUAGAAGUCCUGGAUGAGAAAGGUGGUUCUCCACUUCCUGACAGCACCUACGGGUUAUGCUGCUACAUGCUGGGGCUCAGCAGAACAGUAGUCUGACCGAUGAUAAGCAGCUUACAGGAAAUUGUCACCUAUUCAGUGUUUCAUUAUAAAGCUACUAUUUUGACCAGUACUUGGAAAAAUUUUUAACUACAUUAUGCUGACAUUUCCAGAAGUGUUAACUUAGCAAGAAGUCGUCUUUAUGAUAUGCCAUUUUAUUAAACUGAAAGAAAAAGAUGGUACAUUCUAGUUUUUACUUUAAAACAGAUUUAAUUCAAUAGUUUGAUUGCUCACUAUUGAAAACUACAUUUCUUCCUCAGAACUGAAUGGCACUGAGGUGGAAACAGUUUUCAUGAUCCCUGACUUCCCUUUAAAGGAAAGUAUUACGGAAUUUCAGCAGCGAACAUUAUCUGGUUCCUACUCAAACCCCAUCUCCAAGAAAAUGUGAGAGAGAAUCUAAAAGUUCUGUUCAAGGCAAGAAGAAAUUCCAAACUCGAACACUUCACUUCAACAAUUUGGAUAUACCAGCUGCUCCAUCACUGGGCAGGAAUGAUUACCAGCAGCCUUGUCACUGCCAUUGCUAAAUCUUAUGUCCUGUUGUAUAUCCAAAUACAUGCAUAUAAAAUAUGUGUACAGAUAAAGUAGUGUUAAUUAAAAACUCA